CUCAGCCAUCAUCAUCAUCUCCCCUCAGCUUUGCACAGUUGGGAAAUUCGGCAGUUUCAUGAGAGCUUCUCAGAAAGGCCCAAUUUGUUUUUGCACCACGUUCUCCUCCUCCCUCUCCCUGCGCGCUUCCGUAUCUCAUACUUCAAUAAUUCACGGCGGCUCCUCUCGCCGCCUUUCACCUCCGCAAACGCAGAUCUGUGGAUUUGUUCUCUAGAAGUUUAUGCCACCCCCGUUCCGGAAAAUUAGGUGAUCAUCGACCGGAAUUAAUCGGGGGCAUUAUGGCAACGCUGAAGUCGUCUAGGUCCAGAACGCAUGCGGCCGCGACGCCGGCGAAAGGAGGCGGCAGGGACGCCGGCGUUAAGCUGGAGGAGAAGCUUACUGUCUUUAAAUCCGACAGUUUUGACGCCGACGGCUUUGUCCAAUCCAAGUGCCAUUCCAUGAAUGAAAAGGAGAUUAGGCAGUUAUGCUCCUCACUGAUGGAUCUGAAAAAAGCUUCUGCUGAGGAAAUGCGCAGAAGUGUUUAUGCUAACUAUACAGCUUUCAUUCGCACAUCAAAAGAGAUUUCAGAUCUCGAGGGUGAACUUUCAUCAAUGAGAAAGCUGCUAUCUACUCAGUCUACUUUAAUCAAUUAUUUAGCUGAAGGAGUCCAUGUUGAUUCUCUAUCUGAUGCUAGUCCUGAUAAUGCCACAAACGACACUUCCAAUGAUAAAACAAGAGAACCUUCAGAUCUAGAGAGAUGGUUAACAGAGUUUCCUGACAACCUUGAUGUAUUAUUAGCUGAGAGGAGAGUAGACGAGGCCUUGUCAAGCCUUGAAAAAGGGGAACAAAUAGCUUGUGAAGCAAAAGAAAAGACUACACUAAGUCCCAGAGUCUUAUUGUUUCUGCAAACUGCCAUUACGGAACGUAGGAAAAAAUUAGCCGACCAGCUUGCUGACAUUGCCUCCCAAACUUCAACUCGUGGUACAGAGCUUCGUGCUGCUAUUUCAGCUCUCAAGAGACUCGGUGAUGGUCCUCGUGCUCAUAGUUUACUCCUCAACGCUCAUCAUCAGAGGUACCAAUACAAUAUGCAAAGUUUUCGUCCCUCAAGCACAACAUAUGGUGGAGCAUAUACUGCGGCACUCUCACAAUUGGUAUUCUCUGCCAUUUCCCAAGCAGCCAGUGAUUCGUUAGCUAUUUUUGGGAAUGAGCCAGCUUAUACAUCGGAGCUUGUAGUGUGGGCCAGCAAGCAAACAGAGGACUUUGCUCUCCUUGUCAAGAGGCAUGCACUCUCAUCAUCUGCAGCUGCUGGGGGCCUUAGGGCCGCUGCAGAAUGUGUUCAAAUAGCUUUUGGACAUUGCACAUUGUUGGAAGCUCGGGGGCUUGCACUUUGCCCGGUGCUGUUGAAAUUAUUUAGGCCAAAUCCUGAGAAAGGGUAGCUCAUCCACAAUAGCAGCAACUCCCUCAUCCUUACUUCCUCUUAAACGUACGAACCGUCCUGGAAUCCAACAUACUCCCUGUUCUUGAUCAGAUCUUUGAGAUCUGUGACAGUGGGCUGCAACUGUUGUACUGUU